CUGAUGUUUCAAAAAACAAUAAAGAAGCAUGUUCAUCACGUUCUCAUAUCACAAAAACUUUCAAAAGAACUACUUUACAAUCUUCUUUAGAUGAAACAUUACGUACCAGUACCGUUACUUAUACAGUCAAUCUCACACCUUCAGUUUUAUCAAAUAUAAGUGCUUUAGUGUAA